AUGUCAAAAGAAAACCCUCAACUACUCGACGAAACUGAUUUCGACGCCAUUGUGCUCGGCACUGGUUUGAUCGAAUCCAUUGUAGCGGGUUCGCUUGCCCGUGCAGGAAAGAAAGUCCUCCAUGUCGACAGUAAUGACCACUAUGGCAGUAAUUGGAGUGUUUUUGGUUUUAAAGAAAUGUUACGUUGGAAGCAACGCAUAGAACAAGAAUCCGAAAUAAGCUACCAGGAAAACUACAAAAACAACUAUCGAAAGGUCGCGUUCAACGUACACGAGCAACCGUCGACGGGAUCUAUACCUGUUGAACUCGACGCUGACACAGACGAAUCUUUGGAAAGCGCAGUCCGCAACAAGAUCAAAUCACUCCUCUCGGUUGAGCCCUCGGCCGAUAAGGUGCUUAUCGAAGAAACGAUCAAUCAAGAGGUCAAGGAUAUAGUGAGCAAACACCAAGAUACUACGACGAUCGAUCUGCAGCCAAGCGUAUCUCGAUUAAAUUUCCUCUUGAGUGCAAUGCGUGCAUCAAGGGCCUACAAUUUGGAUUUGACCCCCAAAUUGUUGUCAUGUAAUGGUGAGCUCGUGGAAAUACUUAUCCAAAGUGGAGUUGGCCGAUAUCUGGAAUUCAAGGGGGUCGAUGACAUUGGUAUUUUCGAUAACGAGCAAGGGCGACUCGAUCGAGUACCGAGCUCGAAGCAGGAUGUAUUUACGAACAAGGGGAUUCCCUUGAUCGAUAAGCGCAAAUUAAUGCGCUUUUUGACGUUUGCUAUCGACUUUGAUACUAAUCCUGAGGUACUACAAGGAUAUAACACACACAUCAUUUUUUUUUUAGCUGCAACAAAGGUUGGGUUGGAACGAACACAGGCAUUUGUACGGUCGAUGGGCCGGUUCAACAAAGGUGCAUUCCUUUGCACUUUAUACGGUGGUGGUAGUGAAAUUGCUCAAGCAUUUUGUCGUGUCUGCGCAGUAUAUGGUGGCGUUUACAUCCUUAGCCAACAGCUGACCCGGUUUCUGAUUGACGAAAACACCGGUGAAUGCAAGGGCAUAGAGACUAAAGAUGGACAGAAAUUCAACGCCACCUGGGUUGUUGCUGGCAUUGAUUAUUUGGAUGAACGUUGGAUACCAUCCUCAAACGAUUAUGAAAAAUGGAUAUCACGAUCCAUUGUUGUAACUGAUAAGCCCUUAGUGUCGUUUGGGGAAACGGAUGACAUGUUAUGUUAUAGCGUGUUGCCACCAGGUAGUUCUGCAGGAAAUAAAGACCAACCGAUUUUCGUUUUACACCAGAACCAUGAAACAAUGGCGUGUCCACGCAAUGAAUACGUGACAUAUUUGUGGAAAGAGUCAAGUGAGGGAGACCGCGAUGAACUGCACAAGGCCAUUGAUUUGCUUUUGCCUGAAGGUAAUUUUCGAGCAGACAUAAGCACGCAUGGACAUGUCAAGUUUUCACUUUUGUACGAGCAACGCUGCCGACAAGUGUCCUUGGCAGAUUCGUGGCAACUACCCAAAAAUGUUAUCCCGUGCAGCGAUCCCACUGGCUCCACCAGCUUUGAACAAGCUGUGGUCGAGGCAACCAAAAUAUUUUAUCAAUGUGUGCCCAAAGAUACUCCUUUCAUGCCACCACAACCAGAAGAUCCUGAAGAAGACUACUGA